AUGACCUGUCCUGUUGAUUCGCCAAAGGCUCAUGCGUCGAAGACGAAUUCAGGAUUGAUGGUCGUGCCGAUGAUUCUCCUCGAUAGACACAUACCUAUAAACGAAGAAGCGAUAGAUGAUGAUACAUUCUCAAAAAUUAACACAGAUUCACAAGAUUUCAAAGAACUGAUUGCAAAGUAUGGGGACAGAAUUAAAUUUAAAGAAGGUUUUAGACAGUUGUACAAUAGAAUUGACGAAGAAAAUGUAAUAACAGAUAAUAACUGCUUAGAAACAAUAGUAGUUAAGACAAAUGAUGCUCCUAGUGAUACUUCAGUUUACAAAGAGACACAAGAACCCAUUCCCAGCACUAGUAAAGGCACGUGCUCUACAGUUUAUAGAGUGGAUGAUAAUUUACCUUUAGAUAUUGUACCGGUACCGUAUAAACGGUGUGAUUCGUUUUUGGAAAAACUUCCAAAUCUGGAAGUGACAUACGAGCUUGAUUUGAAAAAAUUUUUGCAAAAUUCUAUAAAAGGUCGUAAUAUAUUGGCCCAGAAAAACCAUUUAACACCGCAAUUAAGAGAUGAUCUCGUUGCAUUAUUAAUCGAUCACGAUUUACUACAAGACAUUAAUUCCUAUAUUCCGACCAGAAAACUUUUACAAUUAGCCCGUCUCAUAAAGCAAGAAUUCCCGAACGAAGAUAUUUCCACAUACUAUAUACCGUAUGUUAGACAAAACAAAAAAACUGUCCAGUGUAUGAGGGGUAAAUUAGUUGAUCGUUACCAUAAUCAAAGAAAGAAGUUGAAAAAAUCUGGCGUUCUCACCACUGCGUGUCCAUCAUCAAGCCUUGAAGUUCAUGAAACUGUAGAAAUAGCGAGUAGUCAAGAUUACGAGGAUGACGUGGAAGACUUUUGUUGUUGGUUAAGGUAUAAUACAGAACCUUGGCCAGAAGUUUUGGCUAAAUGGAAGGCCACUACAUGUGUAAGAAUUCCCCGCUAUAACCAGAAUACAACCACAACUAUCCAAGAAUAUUUUCAAGAAUAUAAAAUUUUAGAAAAGUCCUUAGGUUAUCAAUUACUGGAAAUUGAUUUCAAUUAUCUUUAUCCCAAAAAAUCAGAAAUAUUUUUUGCCGAAAUACAUAAAAAAAAAACAUAUUAUAUUACGAUUGGCCCAAUACCGAGGCGUACUGACUCAACAUUUUCCGGAUCAAAACAUUAAUAUUUUGAAUGAAGACGCCACUGCUGUUCUAAGUUUAUUAACACUACCGUAUCUAAUGCCAGUAGUGAUUGUUACGACAAAUAAAAAGAAAUGGAAACCGUCUAAAGUUGAAGUAGCGAACAGUUUCAUUACUUACGUGAAAACCAGUGAAGAGAUGCAAUUGAUGUUGGAACGAAGACAUCGAAAAUAUGCGGAAACCAAACAAUUAUGCCAACCUCUAAUAACAAUUGUUGGACCAGAUUUGAACAACCUGAAGGGCUAUAUUUCCAUCGAUAACUGUACAUAUCCUUUUGAAUCGGCCUUGAAAAGUGUAAACACUUGUUUUAAAAUAAUUCAUGCAAUUGUUGCAGAAUAUCCACCUGAAUGUUCUCAUGUUUGGCAGUUAAUACAAAUUUACAUCUAUGAUUUAAAGACAGAGUGGGACAAAAAGUCUUCAAUUGUUUCUGCUCUGAUAUCUGAUUUGUGUAAUGAAUCUGAGAGUGAGAAGUAAUAUUUAAAAAUAAUGAAUUGUUGUCACAAAUUUUCAAGUUCAAAAAAAAAUUUAUUAUUGCAUAUGAAAUAUAGACAUUCCUAUGAUGGUAAAUAUAUUCGCUGCAUUUCGUAUUCGUGUCAAAAAGAAUUUAGUUCAUACAACUCUUUUUACAAACAUCUUUCGAAUUUUCACAGAAAAAACUUUCUGAAUACUCAGUGGUUGUCUAACAACGUUACAGGUCAGUGUAGUAGUCCAGAUACAAAUUUUACACUACCUUUAUUCCAUACAGCUCCCAAUAGUGUUGUUUCAAAAACAACAGUUUCUGAUUAUUGUGAACCUUUUAGUAACAGAUUAUAUAAUGACAUAAUUGCAAAUAAGGAAAAUCAAAUUGAGAGUAGUAUUGCGCUUUUUAUUUCUCACUUAUAUAAAAGUAACUCA